AUGGAAAAUAUGUACAAAGUUGGAGACUAUGUCUAUUUUGAGACUUCCUCCACCUCUCCUUUUCAAAUUAGACGAAUUGAAGAACUCAAUAAGACUCCAAAUGGACACGUGGAAGCCAAAGUUAUGUGUUUUUAUCGAAGAAGGGAUAUCUCCAGUUCACUUAUUAUGCUGGCAGAUAAACAUCAGAGUUUAUUGGAAGAAAAUGGAGAGACAGUUCCGGAGGAGAAAGAAGAGGAACAGAGUGAAAAAGGAUCACAUCAGUUGAAACAUCGAGAAUUAUUUUUAUCACGCCAAGUUGAGACAUUACCGGCAACUCAUAUUCGUGGAAAAUGUGUUGUUACUCUUUUAAAUGAAACUGAAGCAUUGACUUCUUAUCUCAAUAAAGAGGAUAUGUUCUUUUAUUCACUAGUCUAUGAUCCCCAACAAAAAACAUUGUUAGCUGAUAAAGGGGAAAUUCGUGUUGGAUCCAAAUAUCAGGCAGAAAUAACUUCACUUUUAGAAGGUGAAGAUACUCGGAAACUAUCUGAAUUAGAAGAUUUAAUAUGGCAGCCAUGUCCAGAAAAUGGUAUUACAGAUAAAGAAAUCGACCAGUUUCAAAUUGUAGCAAAAUCUGUAGGAACAUUUGCCAGAGCAUUAGACUGUACAAGUACUGUAAGACAACCCAGUUUACAUAUGAGUGCUGCAGCUGCCUCAAGAGAUAUAUCUUUAUUUAAUGCUAUGCAUACGUUGCAUGAAUACAAAUAUAACAUAGCAAAUGCAGUGACUAGUUUAGUACCUGAUGGUGGACCUGUAUUAUGUAAAGAUGAAAUGGAAGAGUGGUCGGCAUCAGAAGCUAAUUUAUUUGAAGAAGCUUUAGAUAAAUAUGGGAAAGAUUUUAAUGAUAUUCGACAAGACUUUUUACCAUGGAAAUCAUUAAAAAGUAUUAUAGAAUAUUAUUAUAUGUGGAAAACAACUGAUAGAUAUGUUCAACAGAAACGUAUCAAAGCUGCUGAGGCAGAAAGAAAAUUAAAACAAGUUUAUAUUCCUAAUCAAAAACCCAAUCCUGCUCAUCCAGCCGUAUUAUCUGGUAAAAUGAAUGGUGAUCAAAUGUCUGGUAGAGCUUGUGAAAGUUGUUAUUCUUCUCAUUCUAAUUUGUGGUAUGCAUGGGGACCAAGUCACUUACAGUGUCGACUCUGUUCUUCAUGUUGGACAUACUGGAAAAAAUAUGGUGGUUUGAAGAUGCCAACUAGAUUAGUUGAAUUCAAAUUAAAGACUCAUCUAGCUCGUCAUCUAGCUACAGCUCAUGGGUUAGCUAUCAGACCAGGUAGUCCUAAACCUGUGAUGAAAACACGAACAGCAUUCUGUCUGGUGACGACAGCCUUAACAAGAUUGUCUCGUAGACUGUGUAAAGAUUUAUUACGACCAAAACAUGCAGCAAGAUUGCCUUUUAUACCCAUUAAUAUUGCAGCCAUUAAACAAGAAUGUAAGUAG